AUGGGGCAGCGCGGAUCCGCUCAGGCCCCGCUGUCACUCCCAGCGCGGCCGCCCCCGCCGCCGCCCAGCGAGCCCGGAGAGCCGAGCGCGCCGCCGGCCCCGCCCUCGCCUCGGCCCGCGCCACCGCCGCCCGGCAGCGCCGCCCCGAGCACCUGCCCCGGGCGGAGUCCCCCGCCGCCGCGGCUGCCCCCCUCGCCCGCCGCCGGCGGGGCCGCCACCCUGCCCCUUCUCCGCGGUAUUUACACCGGCCGCCUCCAUCUUGGCGGCGGCGCUCCCCACCCCGCGGGACAGCACCGGCCUGGCUUCGUGCCCAGAGGGAGCAGCCCGGGCCGCUCCGCCGGGAAAGGGCCCCGCGUCCUCCCGCCGGCUGCGGGCUUCACUCCGCCCCUCGCCGGGGCAGCCCCACAGCGCUGCGCCCCGAGGGACGGCGGAGUUGCCCCCGUUCCGCAGCCGCGGCCUGACGAAGGCGAGCGGCCCCGGGGCCGCAGGGGCCGUUCGGCGGCGAGGCCCGCCCUGCGGUCGGCCCGGCCCGGCCCGGCAGGCACCGGCGCCGUUCGCCUUCAAGGACCCGGCGCUCUGCGGGAGGUUUGCAGGAAAUCUCAGACAGCUGCAGCGCGGGGCGCUCGUAGCGGCGACAAAGCUGAGCGCCAAACGGCACCUCAAGUGUCACAUCUUCCCUCCCUACUUCGCUUUAGCGGGAUCCCAUUGACAGAUGAAUUUGUGCAAACCUAGCAGAGGAAUCAGUAUGAUAACUCCAGGUCCAAAAGUUGUCACACCUGCACUGGUACAGUACAGAAAGAACCACUUACAUAAUAUCAUGUAAUCUACAGAGCAGUACCUAUAAAAUAUCGUUU